GCCAAUAAAGCGUGAACCCGUCCGUCCAGCUCGCACUUGAAGACAUCGCAAGCGGCCGCAGGGACGCCAGUCGAGCCAAGGGACGCUCACUGGGCGCUUCUCGAUCCGGGUGCACCUGGCUGCACCCGCUCUGCGGGCACCGGCGACCUUCGGCGGAGUUGGAAGUGCCACGCGCGGUCCCUGGUACUCUUUUUCCUCAGAACGUGGGCACGCCUCGGCGACUCCUUUCUUGAACUGUCCCCAUUCCCGCGCCUCAGCCCCGAAAAGGUGGGACGACCACCCGGACUCGACUCACGGGAGCGAAGCGCGCCGGGCCAGCAGGGAUCGAAGAUGCCCCGUGCGUUCCUGGUGAAGAAGCCAUGCGUCUCCACGUGCAAGAGGAACUGGAGCGAACUCCCGGACGAGGAGCGCGGCGAGAUCUACGUGCCAGUCAGCCUGGGCUUCUGCCCACCACCACCCUACCGGGAACCAGAGCCAUCCGUGGCCGAACCCCCUCCUUGCCCUCUGGCUUUGGACAUGAGCCUUCGGGACUCCAGCUAUAGUGUGGCCCCAGGGCCCUGCGUGGUGGCCCAGCUACCCCCUGAAGAUGUGAGCCAUCUGACAGAUCCCCAGAGCAGAGACCAGGGUUUCCUACGGACCAAGAUGAAGGUGACCUUGGGGGACAGUCCGAACGGAGACCUUUUCACCUGUCACAUCUGCCAGAAGGCCUUCACUUACCAGCGCAUGCUGAAUCGACACAUGAAAUGUCACAACGAUGUCAAAAGGCACCUGUGCACGUACUGUGGGAAGGGCUUCAAUGACACCUUUGACCUCAAGAGACACGUCAGAACCCACACUGGUGUGCGGCCCUACAAGUGCAGCCUGUGUGACAAGGCCUUCACCCAGCGCUGCUCUCUUGAGUCUCACCUCAAGAAGAUCCAUGGCGUGCAGCAGAAGUAUGCGUACAAGGAGCGCCGGGCCAAGCUCUAUGUGUGUGAAGAGUGUGGCUGCACAUCUGAGAGUCAGGAGGGUCAUGUCCUGCACCUCAAGGAAAACCACCCCGACAGCCCACUGCUACGCAAGACCUCCAAGAAAGUGGCUGUGGCCCUGCAGAACACUGUCACUUCCCUGCUGCAGGGCAGCCCCCACCUCUGAGCAGCACAGGCCCCAGGAAGGACCAGGUUUACCUCCCUGCUGCCUAGCUGGUUCACCUUCCUGCAGCCUCUUGCCAGAACACCAGUGAACAGGACCAGAGCCCUAACGCCUCAUGCUAGGCACACCUACGCACUCAGGCACUGACUUCUGCUCACUUUUGGAAGUCUGUCUUACAGACAGAGUCCUGAGCUUGAGACGAUGGGUGCCUGUGUUUGUGCAGGGGUGAGGCCAAGUGAUUAAAAACAGCUGCUUAGAGAGACAGGCCCUGCUUCCUUGCAGCAGAACUCUGGACAUGUGUUGAGGGGGAGCCUGAGUACAAGAUGGGCAAUGGAGCCCCAUGGACCGCAGAGCCAAGACACCAGCAAAGAGCAUCCCUGCAGACUACUGUGGCAGCAAGGCUGGCAGAGGCUCACAUGCCUGCAGGGCUAAUUCUCAGGGUUCCAAGGGCUCUGCCCUUUCAUCAGAGGACCACAUGUGUACAGCCAUGUUGGUGCUUGUGUGUGUGUGUGUGUGUGUGUGUCACACUGCUUUAUGUGUGACUUAGUCACAUGUGCACCCACGGCCUUCCAUAUCACCUCAUUCUUAAGAGACCAACCACGAGGUGCCAAGGAGGUUCUAGUCCUUUUUUUAAAGAUGACAAAUGUACAGAUAUUAAUAUAUUUUUGGUGCCCACAGUAAGACUGUUUUUUAAAAGGGAUGGAGCUGGCUUUUUCUCCAACCCUAUUGAUUCUAUUUAUCCUGGACAUUUCAAACCUCCUCUGUGCCUUAGUUCUGGGGGUGGUAAUGCAGACUCACCCUGUUCUCUGAGCUGUUCCAUUAAAGACCUUCCUGCCCUGCCCAGAAGAUGCAUUGUUCCUCUUGCCCUGCCCCUGGACAGUGCCUCACCUCUCUCUCUUCCUUCCCUGGCAUCACCUCCUUCCACAUGCUUCUCCAGGCCCCAGUUUUCCUGGUAAGCCUGAUGACAGCUGACUGGGUGUGGCUAAGGCUGGUCCUACUUCAACCAUAUGGGCUGGUAAUUUUUUGACACCAACUCCAAGUCCACCAUCUAAAGUACUAAGACAAGGCCAGGAACAGGCUGGGAGUCUGAGUUUUUUCCUGGCCAAGUCAAAAAUUCUUGAGCAGCAGCAAAAUUUGAGACAAUAAUA